ACAAAAAGAACUGAGGGCAUGGUGUAGUCAGUUAGCCUGUUAGCCAUUUUAGGCUAAUUACUAUCGUACAAAAUGUUUAGCAAAAAGUGAUAUUUUUUGUGUUGAUACGGGAGAAUGUGGCGGGGAUGUGGCUGAAUAAUGGGAAACGUCUUUGGGAGAAAGAGUCGACCUUCUCGUGUAACGGAGCAGGACAAAGCCAUUUUGCAACUGAAGCAGCAGAGAGACAAGCUGAAGCAGUACCAAAAGAGAAUCACCUUGCAGCUGGAGAAAGAGCGACGUCUAGCAAAGCAGCUGCUACAAGAUGGCAAGAAGGAAAAAGCGCUGUUGCUUCUUAAGAAAAAACGGUACCAGGAUCAGUUACUAGAAAAGACCGAAAAUCAGAUUUCAAAUCUCGAGCGCAUGGUUCAAGACAUUGAGUUCAUGCAAAUUGAAAUGAAAGUCAUUGAGGGACUUAAAGUUGGCAACGACUGUCUGAAGAGCAUGCAUGAGAUCAUGUCAAUAGAAGAUGUGGAGAGAAUCCUGGAUGAGACACAGGAAUCGACUGACUAUCAAAGGCAAAUAGAUGAAAUGUUGGCUGGAGUCCUGACACAAGAGGAUGAGGAUGCUGUCUUAGCAGAGCUGGAAGCUAUCACUCAGGAAGAAGACGUAGCACUUCCAGAGGUCCCCAGUGAACCAAUACCAGAGGUGUCAGAAGCAGCUAAAGCAGAGCCAGAGAGGCGAGAAGCAAAGAGCAAGCCAGACAGAGAGCUGUUGGCAGCCUAGUAGACUGAAUGUGUGGUCUGUAUCCAGUGUUAAGCUGCAUAAAGAGGUGGAUUUCUUUUUUUUUCUGGGAUUUGGUAUGUGAACACGGGACCUGCACACAUCAGUGCAUCUUCACACAAUUUACAGCAUCAGCACUGUCUGUACUUGGUUCACCGCUCCACUUAAGUCAUGCAUAAAGUGAAAUAUUCUAUUUCUCUGUGUCUGAUUUGGUUAGGAAGAGAAGUGUUGCAUUGUAGCUGUUAUUGUAGAAUAACAGGAGUUUUUAGAUGUCUUACACAUUAUUUACAGCUUUACAUAUUAAAUUGAGCUGUGGGAACAAA